GUUAUAUUCACCAACAUUAGUUGUGCACGGUCACAAUGACAAAAUUCUCAGCCAAGGUUGUCAAAGAAUUCGCGCAAGGAAUUCCUUGGAGCAAGGUCAUAAAAAAGGCCGCAAACAUCGAUCGAGGAAGACGCGUUUUCCCUAGCCAGACGCCCAAGAACGACGCUAAAUACAAUUUGCGACUGGACAAAGGCUCGGUGGUUGAUGGAAAGCAUGAAUUGAUCCUCCAAGCCAACAAGAAUGCUGCAAAUCCAGGUGUGAAAGCUGCAGCCUCCGAGGAUAGCCAUAAGAUUUGGGCCAAGAUUCUCGUUGACCCUGAAAACCCAAAUGAUGACAAGGCUGAAGAAGAUUUGAUUGCAUCAUUCAAGGAAACCGAUUGAAUAGGUGACACUGUUGGCAUGGCUUCAACCCUUUUUUCACACGAAUCGGCCAUUCUCGAUCGUCUUAUUCAACCAUUCGAUUCUCGUCACUCGUU